ACCACGCAAAGUAUAAUUUGUGAAAGUAAAGUGAAAUAAAAUGCCGCCCAAGACUAGUGGAAAGGCAGCCAAAAAGGCUGGAAAGGCUCAGAAGAACAUCACCAAGACCGACAAGAAGAAGAAGCGCAAGAGGAAGGAGAGCUAUGCCAUCUAUAUUUACAAAGCUCUGAAGCAAGUCCACCCUGACACUGGUAUUUCGUCGAAAGCGAUGAGCAUCAUGAACAGCUUUGUCAAUGACAUCUUCGAGCGCAUUGCCGCCGAGGCGUCUCGCUUGGCUCAUUACAACAAGCGUUCGACCAUCACCAGUCGGGAAAUCCAAACUGCUGUGCGCCUGCUGCUGCCGGGAGAGUUGGCCAAGCACGCUGUUAGUGAGUACACCAAGUACACCAGCUCCAAGUAA